GUCAGUCCAACAAGUAGGUCUAAGUGGUGAGGAGUGGGACGAUCAUUGUCGUGCACCUGACACCAUGGAUGACUACCCUAUGCACGAUCUGCUCGUGGGGUUCGCCCUCUGGGGGACCCUCUGGCGUCGUCUCUUUCCGUUGGGGUUUUGGAAUACCUUUACAUGUAGAGUAGAGACCAGGGGUGGUGUUAGCACCACUCCAUACACGAAGGAUCAGGAGGAGGAGGCUGCGAGGAUCUUGGCCGAGCAGAAGGUUAAGAAGGAGAAGAAGGAUGUCGUCAAGCAGGCCAAGAAGUUGGCCUUAUUGCAGGAGCAGGCCGCGAAAAGAAAGAAGUUGGAGGAGCUAGAAAGGGUGAAAAAGGAGGAGGAAGAAAAACUGAAAACAGUGGAGGCAGAAGAAGAAGAAGAAGAAGAAGAAGAAGAAGAAGAAGAGAAAAAGGUAGAGGAGGAAGUUCCCCUGAUCAGAAAGAGUUUCAAGGACAGAGGGGAGUCCAGUGGCAUGAAGGAGGAGAGGGGCCCGUGGUUGGAAAAGAAGGUGUCAGAGUGGGUCGCCAAUCUAUCCUUGGGAGAAGAGGAGGAGGCGAUGUUAUAUGUCUUGGAGAAGCAGAGAGAAGCUAACUUCAAGAUCAACGCGAAGAAGUGUGAGUGGGCCAAGACACAAGUCUUAUACUUGGUCCACGUCUUAGAUGGAGAUGGCAUAAAGUCUGAGGACAGUAAGAUAACAACGAUCAGAGAUUGGCCAACGCCCCGCACAUUGACGGAAUUGCGGUCGCUCUUAGGCCUAGCUAACUAUUGCAGGAAGUUCGUGAGGAACUUCUCCACUAUCACCGCACCCCUUCGCAGGUUGUUGAAGAAAGAAGCAAUCUGGGAGUGGGAUAGAGACUAUAUGUCGGCCCUAAAGAAGUUAAAAAGGGCCUUGAUAGAGUAUCCAGUCCGCAAGGUAGCCGAUUCGUCUUUGCCUUUUGUCGUCACCACUGACGCAAGUCAGUAUGGUAUAGGUCUUGUGCUACAGCAAGAUGAUGGAAAUGGCUAUAAACCCGUAGCGUUCAUGUAUGCUAGGAUGCCUUCAGAGAAGGUAGCAACAUCUACCUAUGAGAGGGAACUCUACGCUCUCAGGCAGGCACUAGAUCACUGGAAGCAUUACUUGCUUGGGAGGCACUUCAAAGUGUAUUCAGACCACGAGACAUUGAGGUGGCUGAAGACGCAGGCCAAGAUGACACCUAAGCUUAUAGAUCAGUUUGACUUUGAACUCAAGCCGGUUAAAGGGAAGUAUAAUGUAGUCGCCGACGCUCUAAGUAGAAGAGCUGAUUACUUUGAAGCGAUAGUUCAUUAUCUGGACAUAGGGAGAGACCUCCAACAGAAAGUUAAGGAAGCCUAUGCGCAGGACCCUAUUUACAACGAUCUCCUCAAAAGAGUCAGGAUCCAGAGACUGAACCGGAUUGCCACACUGCAGAUGGCUUACUGUUUGAGAAGACUAACGUAACUAGAGACAAGGGGUGGCGUUAGUACCACUCCCUACACCAAGGAGCAGGAGGAGGAGGCUGAGAGAAUCCUGGCUGAGCAGAAGGCCAAGAAGGAGAAGAAGGAGGUUGUAAAGCAGGCUAAGAAGUUGGCCUUAUUGCAGGAGCAGGCCGCGAAAAAGAAGAAGUUGGAGGAAGAGUUAGAGAGGUUGAAAAAGGAAGAGGAAGAAAAGGUGAAAGCGGUGGAGGUAGAAGAAGAAGAAGAAGAGAAAAAGGGGGAAGAAGAAGUACCCCUGAUUCGAAGAAGUAUCAGGGAAAGAGCAGAGUCAAGUGGUACGAAGAAGGGGGAUUCCUGGCUGGAGAAGAAGGUCUUUGAAUGGGUUGCUAGACUUUCUCUAGGAGAAGAGGAGGGGGCGAUGUUGUAUGUUCCCAGGGAAGAACAGGAGGCGGUUGUUAAGGAGUUAGAAGCCGAGGAAGAUCCUCUCAAACGACAGACAAUAGAGGAGGGGAAAAAGUUGUUAUGGAAGCCGUGUCUAACCAGGGAAAGGAAGAAGAGGAUGGAGGCGGCAAGUAAGGCGGCAAAAGAACUAGAGGAGGUGAAACAACUAAGGGUGCAGAUGGAGGCACAGGCGGGUUGGCAGGGAGAAAUGGAAGUGAUGGCGAGAAACAUAGAACGCCUGGCGCAGGCUCAGGAGGAGCAGUACCAAUUUGGAAGGAGUCAGGAUAUAGCCGUGUGAUCGAUACAAUUGGGGUUUCAGGAGUUCGCACACGAAAUGUUAAUGCACGUGGGCUCAGAAGUACAGACGAGGUUAGAGGGCACAAAGCGAUUCUGCACAAGUGCC